AUGUGCAUGAACAUUUGUCACCUUUGUCACCCAGGCUGGACGGAGCUGCACACUGCCGUCUGCAGCGGCGACAAAGAGUGCGUUGAGCAGCUAGAAAAUCGCAUGUCUGUUGAUGCCGCGGACGGAAGCCGGACACCACUACACUUGGCUGCCAGUGAGGUCUCGGAACCGGCCAAAACCAUCGAUCUGCUGCAGCCUGCAGCCGCUGCAGCCGAUAUUCGUCAGUGCACCAAAGCACCUCAACAAGGGGGGGUCCGGGCCCCCACCUCCGCACCGCCCGCAGUUCGUUUCUCUCCCUUGAAUUUGGCUUGCGACUCGAAAUGCAAGGAAGCGGUGGCUGACCUGCAGAGUGAGGGCUUAUCGAAAGCUGCAGAAGGGACGACGGAAGAUCAGAUCCGGACAGAGGCCAGGAAGGGUUUGUUCGUUGAAAAACUGUAA